AUGCCCCAGUACACCUACCGGGGUCACAAGUCCAAGACAUUUUAUCCGGCAGAUGUCAACGAGCUCGUUGAGAUCCGGGCGCGUCAACGUACGUUCGACGGUGCUUAUGGGCGGACUGCCAUCGGCAACCUUGGCUACUCCCUCACGAUAUUGAAGCUCUUCGACAGACGUUUCUACCGCACUCUGCUCUUCGUGCUGUCCUUCUUUCGCUCGCGACAUGCCAAACACGACUUUGCGGACGACUCGCCGGCUUUGGGGUCCAGCCACAGGAGACGGCCGUCUGAGCCUAUCAUGACCAAGGGAAACGAGAACAAACCUAUGCUGGGCAAGCCGUUCCGGACGGCCGGAUGGAUCGUGGUCGCGGUUACCGGCGUGGUGGUCGUGGUCGAGGUCGGAUUGCUCCUGCUCGUGCUACAGCUCUAG